AUGUCCGGCUCUUGCAUGUCCCUGUCAGGGUCGACGCUAUGUCCCGCCUUUAAUGCCUCUUCGAUAUCGACCAGUUCCAGUCUUUACUCCGAUUUUCCCUUUAUGCGAAAUGUCUCGAGCCUCUCGGACUUUGACGAUGCGUUGAGCAACUACGUCAAUGGAACCUACAUCAAGUCCAAGUAUGAGAACUACCUGGGUUGCCAGGGAGCUAAUCUCACCGACACCAAUGACUACUACGCCCGCUACACAACUAGCGCAGUUUGCAACGGCUUGGUUCAAAGCUCAAAGGAUGAUUGCAACCUAUCCGAUGACGAGUCAAAACCGCUUUGUGCAGACACUUGUGCCUUGAUGGCGACGAGCGAGCAGGAGAUCGUGGUCAAUUCCGACUUGUGCCCCGGAUUAAGCGACGAUUAUAUGAGCCAUAUUCGUUCCGACUUUACCGUGUGCGCUCUGCCGGCUGACUCGCUGACCGGUACCUGUAUAUCAGGAGCCGACAAUGAACCCGAUGAGUGCGGAUAUGGACCGAAUGUGAUGGGAUUGUGUGGUUAUUGCGCAGGGAGCUCUACCAACUCGACCGAUUCCUGCUGUACGAAUGCGAAUGCCGCAAGCCGGUGCAAAGAUGUAACCGUGCCAACCACGACCGCAUCUUUGCCACCUCUCAUGCCGUCCUCUUCAUCCAAUUCGACAGGAAACGAUGCUGGCUCCCAUCAUGGUCUUUCAGGAGGCCAGAUCGCGGGUGCCGUCGUUGGAUCUGUUGCUGGAUUCGCGAUAUUAGUCGCUCUGAUUGUACUUGCCCUGAUAUGCCUACGGCGCAAGCGCCGCACGCAGAGUGACACUGCUUUGAAUCAACCGAACCCGCAAAGAAGAGGCUUUGCGCCGAUGCAGAAUCCUUCGGACAACCCGGGAAUGGUAAUGAUACCUGGUGGCCGGGUGGCCAGGAUGUCUGCCCUGCGAGAAAUGCCGAGCUUAACCUCUAGGCGCUCCCGCCGCACCUUUUUCGGUGGCAGCAGCACCAAGUACACUACUGAGCCCUCCGAAUCAGAAGCACCGAGCGCGAGCCCCGGAUGGAUGUCGAGGCAGAUUCCCCCCGUUACCGGGAAGCGACUUGGCUCACUCACGAGCAGCUCGUUUUUGGCUGCUAGUAGCGAUACGUCUCCUCGUUCGGGAACAAAACUCUCUUCCCCCGAGGUAUCAAGCCAAUCCGAACAGAUGUCGUCCUUCCAAGAUUAUUACUCGCAGGAUAAUAUCCACCCUGGUGACCGGGUCGCUGUUCUCUGGGCGUAUCAGCCACGCGCAGGCGAUGAGUUCUCAUUGGACCGUGGAGAAAUACUGAAAAUAAUCGGCAUCUGGGAUGAUGGCUGGGCAACUGGCGUACGCCUUUCAGAAAGUGCCGAAAAUGAUGGUUUCAAGCAUCGCGAACAGCGUGAUAGUGGGGUGUCACAGGGUUCGCACCUGAUGCCCUCACCAGCUCCAACAGGAGAUAUAAAGGCGUUCCCACUGGUUUGCGUCUGUCUCCCACAACACUGGAAGAAGAUCAUCGAUGGCGCUGGUGAGGCAGACAGUGAGGGUUCUCCAUGA